AUGGCAGCAUCAUUUUCAACACCAAUCAAGUUCUUGUUCUUCUCAUUGCUUGUGAUAACCAUAAUGGUUUCUCAAGCUAAUUGUGAAGUUACACAACGUAGGCUUGAACAAACAAACAUGGUGUUCUUCAUUCAUGAAGUGGCAAGAGGUCCUAAUGCAACAGUUGCUCCUGUAACAGGAAUCAACGGAAAGGUUUGGUCCUACAACACAUUUGGAACUAUAUUUGUAGUUGAUGACCCUGUUACAUUAAGUGCUAGUUCGAACUCCAACCCAAUUGGCAGGGUUCAAGGUUUGAUUACUGCAUCUUCCUUAGAUGGUGCUAAUGUGAAUGUUGUGCUUUCAAUUGUGUUCAACAAUUUCCAAUACAAUGGUAGCACCCUUGAGAUCCAAGGAACUAGUCGUCAACGUGAGAAUUAUAGAGAAGUCUCUGUGGUUUCAGGUACUGGCAAGUUUCGAUUUGCAAGAGGUUUUGCUGCAUUGGAGACUCUGUCUUAUGAUGCUGCCACUACCCACUCUGUUAUUCGCUUGAGUGUUACUUUGUUCCAAACUUGA